CUUCUCCGGCUCAAUUGACUCUUACACACUGCUCACUGCUCACUGCUACAUCGCUCACCUAAUCUUCGCCUGACCCCACAUCUCCUACCUUCAGUCGAUUGCUCUGCCUUUGGUCUCCCAAAUCUUACUAUGGGUUUCUUGUUGAAGAGACCGGAUGAUGCGGUGGGCUCAGCGGCCCCCGCCAUCAUGAUCGGUCUAUUUGUCUCCUUUGGAGGUAUCCUCUUCGGAUAUGACACUGGAACCAUCAGUGGUAUCCUGGCCAUGAAGUUCUGGCGGAAGAUGUUCUCUACCGGAUACAUCAACCCCUCUGAUGACUACCCCGAUGUAACCUCAUCUCAGUCUUCCAUGAUUGUGUCAUUGCUGUCUGCCGGUACUUUCUUUGGUGCCCUGGCCUCUGCCCCCGUUGCGGAUUACUUUGGUCGCCGCAUUGCCAUGAUCAUCGAAUCAUUUGUCUUCUGCUUCGGUGUGAUCCUCCAGACCGCAGCCACCUCGAUUCCGCUGUUCGUCGCUGGACGGUUCUUUGCUGGCUUUGGUGUUGGUCUACUCUCUGCAACUAUCCCUCUUUACCAGUCUGAGACGGCUCCGAAGUGGAUUCGUGGUACCAUUGUCGGCGCCUAUCAGCUGGCCAUCACCAUUGGUCUGCUGCUUGCUUCUGUCGUCAACAACGCUACCAAGGACCGCAUGGAUACUGGUAGCUACCGCAUUCCGGUUGCCGUCCAGUUCGCAUGGGCCAUCAUCCUCGUUGUCGGAAUGAGUGUGCUUCCCGAAACGCCACGCUUCCUAAUCAAGAAGGAUAGACAUGAGGCCGCGGCCAAGGCGCUUGCUCGUCUUCGUCGUAUGAAUGUUGACGACCAGGCCGUCGUGGAUGAAUUGAUGGAGAUCCGCGCCUCGCACGAAUACGAGAUGAGCGUGGGCAAGGCAAGCUUCCGCGAUAUUCUGACUGGCUCCCUGGGUAAGCGGUUGGCCACUGGAUGUGCUGUGCAGGCGCUGCAACAACUUGCUGGAGUCAAUUUUAUCUUUUACUACGGAACGACCUUUUUCCAGCGCUCGGGCAUUCAGAACAGUUUUACCAUCACACUCAUCACCAACAUUGUCAACGUGGUCUCCACGUUCCCGGGCCUGUACAUGGUUGAGAAAUGGGGUCGCCGGCCCUUGCUGCUGUUCGGUGCGGUUGGCAUGUGCGUGUGCCAGCUGAUCGUGGCUAUUGUGGGCAUGGUGGCUUCCUCGGACGUGGCCAAUAAGGUCCUGAUCGCCUUUGUCUGCAUCUACAUCUUCUUCUUUGCCAGCUCUUGGGGUCCCGUCGCGUGGGUUGUGACAGGUGAAUUGUACCCACUCAAGGCUCGUGCCAAGUGUCUCUCCAUCACGACGGCCACCAACUGGCUGCUGAACUGGGCCAUCGCCUAUGCCACCCCCUACAUGGUGGAUUCCGGCCCGGGCAACGCGAAUCUGCAGUCCAAGGUGUUCUUUAUCUGGGGUGGCUUCUGCUUCAUUGCGGGAGUGUUUGUGUACACCUGCAUCUACGAGACCAAGGGCCUCAGUCUGGAGCAGGUGGACGAGCUCUACUCGAAGGUGUCGGCAGCCUGGCGCUCUCCGGGAUUCAUCCCUUCGGCACACUUCGCCGGUGCGGAUACCGACAAGGCCGGGCCCAGUGUGUACGAAGUGGAGGGUGAACUCCCCCAGAAGCGCGAGUCUCAGCAUAUUGAGACGGCUUAAUAUGGAUUCUUAUAUGGCUUAGGAUACGACUUUUUUUUUUUUUUUUUUUUUUU